AUGAACACUGUGAAUCUCAGCUUCUCCUUCCUCUUCAUCCAGUCCAAAGGAAGAAGAUACACCUCCAUAUCCUCCGUCAAGAGUCUCCCAAAACGCACCGUUUUGUCUCUCUCGUCUGCUGUCACCUCACGAAGCGGAGACAUGAUUCCACCAGAAGGGAAAUGCAAAGAUCACAGCACGACCUUUGACUUUAAGUCGUAUAUGAUCGGUAAAGCCGAAUCUGUAAACGCGGCUCUCGACGUUUCCUUACCGCUUUUGAAACCUCUCACGAUCCAAGAGGCGGUGCGGUACUCACUGCUAGCUGGCGGAAAACGUGUGAGAUCGCUGCUCUGCAUUGCUGCAUGCGAGCUUGUGGGUGGCGACGAGGCCACUGCCAUGUCAGCCGCUUGCGCUGUCGAGAUGAUCCACACGAGCUCUCUUAUCCAUGACGACCUUCCAUGCAUGGACAAUGCCGACCUCCGCAGAGGCAAGCCUACCAACCACAAGGUAUUUGGAGAAGCUAUGGCGGUUUUGGCAGGUGAUGCACUCCUUUCUUUGGCGUUUGAGCAUAUGACCGUCAUGUCGAGUGGCUUGAUCGCCCCAGAGAGGAUGAUCCAUGCUGUGAUUGAGCUUGCAAAGGCCAUUGGGACAAAAGGGCUAGUGGCUGGGCAAGUGGUUGACCUACGAAGCCAAGGGUUGAAUCCGGACGACGUCGGAUUGGACCGCCUAGAGUUCAUUCACCUCCACAAAACAGCGGCUUUGUUGGAGGCAGCGACGGUUAUAGGAGCCAUAAUGGGAGGUGGCAUAGAGGAAGAGAUCGACAAGCUUAGAAAGUAUGCCAGAUGCAUUGGCCUUUUGUUUCAAGUGGUUGAUGAUAUUCUUGACGUGACAAAAUCUUCCGAGGAAUUAGGUAAGAACGCCGGACAAGACGUUGUCGCCGGAAAAGUAACGUAUCCGAGGCUGAUUGGUUUGGAGAAAUCGAGGGAACUUGCGGAGAAAUUGAGCAGAGAAGCAGAGGAACAGCUUCGAGGGCUUGAUUCUGAUAAGGCGGCUCCUCUAGUGGCUCUGGCUAGCUACAUUGCAUGUAGAAAUAAUUGA